UAUUCUAUCUAUUGUUUUCCAUCUCACAAAACAAGAAAAAAUAGGAAGGAAAAAGAAAAAAAGAAAAAUGAAUUUUUUACGUUCCUGAAAGAGAGAGAAACAGAGAAAGUUGAGGACUUUGGUGUUUUCAGUUCCUGAAUUCCUUUAGAUCUCUUGCAUUUCCAACUGUUUUCCGGGGUUUUGUUUUCUACACAGUCGUUCUUUUUCUCUGUCGGAAAAUGGAUUUCCUUGGAAAUUUCGUUACUUGAUCGUAGUUUAGCUCCUCGGAUCGUUGCUCGAAUGAUGUUUUUUCAACAGGUGAGUUUGUGUUGAGGUUUUGUUGCAUGUCAGAGGUUUUGAAUUACGGGUUUUUUUUGGUUAUUCUCAUGGUUCUCGCUGCGAUCUCAUCAUGGUUGAGUGGCGGAGACUAUUUGUUAACUCUGCAUAAUUCUCGUUGAAUUUUGGAGAUGCAGAGAGAACAGAAUUGUUGUAGCUUGUACGCAAUUGUGUUCUGAUUUCUGAAGGUUCUGUUUUUUGGUUGAAAAUUGUGGGAUUGAAUUGAGAAUUGAAGAUCCGAUCGUGGAAGUUUGGUUUUGUUUGUUGUAUGCAACUGGUUUUUUGAUUCGUUUCAAUAUAAAAAAAUGGUUUUUUUUGGAGGUGUCGUGGACUUGUUCUGUGUUGAGUUCAGGUUCUAUGAUUUGGUUAAAAGUGCUGCAGAUGCUUAGAAAUUGGUUAUUUUGUGUUGAUCUCGCACAAUUAGAACUCAGAGAGUGAUUGCAUCAUGUAACAACUGUUUAUGCUUUUAUGAUGAUGUUGAAUUUUAUGAUCCUUCCACCCUUUCAUGUGUGUGUGUUUUUCUUUUUGAUUUGGAAUUGGAUCGUAGAUUUAUGUAUGUACAAUUCUUUCAUUUGCUGACAUCUAUGGAUCGACCGUGGAAUUGGAAAUUUUUUACUUGCAGUUCCAUGGAAUUCAUCUGAAUCCAUGUUAGCCUUCAGCUUUCAUGUGAUUUAUUUACUGUUUCUGUAACUGUCAUGAUGUGGAGUCAACUUUCUAUCAGUUUAUUGUUACAUCGAGUUCAAUGAAAUUGAAUCCUGUGAGUCAAAUGGGCUGUUUUAAAUCUGACCGUAUUUAUUUCUUAUGUAUUUAUUUGUGGCUGAAAUCCUGUAACAGUUACAUGGAUUUUGUGAAAGAUUUGGUUUCUCUAACCUGUUGCUUCCUUAUUUUAUUUUUUUCUCAUAUUUAUUUUGCUCGUCUUUCUAUGCCAAAUUAAUGUCAUAUAAAUCCAUACAUAUAGAAAUUCUCCUUGUUAAUUGAAGCUUUGAUUAUUCAAGUUGCAUUACUUGGUUCAGUAUUGUGUGAGGAGCCAAUAACUAUUUGGCUAUAUAUUGACAAGGAUCUGGUGUAUUGAAGCUUCUUGUUAUUUGAUGAGCUGUACAUUUUUUAGCUAUGGUGUUGAAGAAAAGGGUAGAUUAUGGAUUCAGUGGAUUUCAAGUCCCAGCUAUACCUAAAGCUCCUAGAUCUAGAAGGAGGGGUCAUUUCAAGAAAACAGAAGUGGAUGGUCAAGCUUGUGCUUUUGAGCUACUGGCAUCUUUGGCUGGCCAGUUGCUGCAGGAGAGCGAAAGUUCUGCUUCUAGCAAUGCAUCUGAAGGAAAUCAUCACCCUGCCAUUAGCCAAGGUGCCAUUGAACUAGAUAGACAAGAUGAAGUUAAACCAUUGAAAACAGAGGGAAUUCAUCAGGGAAGUUGUGCGGAGAGUAUUUUUAAGACUGAGAUAGCCUCACAAAACAGUAGUCAGAAACCUCUUCCACAAGUUAAGGCUGAUCAUUCACUAGGACAUGUUUCAGUUAAAAAUAAUUCUGAUUUUUGGGAGAAAGUUGAAGCUGAUGUGAAGACUGAAAUUUUCGAAUGGGAUGAUAAACUUAGGCAUUAUUCUAAUAGAUUUAUAGAAGCUCCUAAAAAGUUUAGGGAGUCUUCUGAUGGUAAAAUAAAGAAUGGGUUUAGACGGGAGCAGGAAGUUGGCAGUUCGUGCUUUCAGGGAUCAACUUUGGCUGAUAAAUGUGGUUUGAAGGACCAAUUAGAAUUGUAUGUAUCUCCUGCACUAAUUGACCCAAAAAGUAAUGUUAAAUCUCCAUUUCAUAGGAAAUCAUUUCCAAGUGCUUCUUACUUUUCUAAGCAUGGGAAUGGUACUAAAUUAGGUUUUAGAGAUGAUGACGAAAAAUUUUUAAGGUGCAAAAAGGUUUGCACCAAGUCAAAGGCUUUCAGGUCUCCACGACGCAUUGCACACCGAAGAAUCAGGAACCUGAUGUCUUCCAAAUACUGGAAGGUAGCUCCAAAGUUGAAGGAGUGUGAACUUUCUAGAUCAGAUCUAGGAGCAUCUCAUUAUCAUAAGAGGAAGACUUGUUAUGGUUUUGAAAGAUCUCAUCACAACACCAUUGUUAAGAGGAGAAAAUUCUUUGACCGGGCUUCAGGGGUAACUUCUGAUGGAGGAUUCAGUAGUGAGAGUGUAUCCAAUUCACCCCAGAAAGGGAUGGAUGGAGACAACCCAAGCUCGUCUGCAAAACUGCAUGUACCUAAUGAUUCUCAUGUGAAGUUUAGCAUUAAGUCAUUAAGGAUACCAGAGCUUUAUAUUGAGGUUCCUGAAACAGAAACUGUUGGUUCACUAAAGAGGACAGUCAUGGAGGCUGUGAUGGCUAUACUUGGAGGUGGGGUGCAUGUUGGUGUUCUUGUUCAGGGAAAAAAAGUUAGAGAUGACAAUAGAACACUUGUGCAGACUGGAAUAUCAUGCGAAGAAAAUUUGGAUACACUUGGUUUCAUGUUGGAGCCCACUUCUCUACUAGCUUCUCCAACUGUUUGUUUUGGUGAUCCUUCUUAUCAAUGUGAAACAUCCCAGCCUACUAGGUCCCCAGAAACUCCUGUCUUAGAUUCAGGCAUUACUGAUACCUUGCAUGACUCAUCCUUGCUGACAAAUCCAGGCAAUCUAAUUGAAAGUAACCGUGAGUCUACUUCUUCACCACCCCCUGACACUAUAAUUGACAAAGUAACACCGGAUUCCAGAGCGCUAGUUGCUGUUCCAGCUAACACACAAGCAUUAGCUGUGGUUCCUGCGAGUCAGAAAACCAAGCGCUCUGAGUUUGUACAGCGUCGAACUAGGAGACCAUUCUCUGUGACUGAGGUAGAAGCACUUGUUCAUGCAGUUGAGGAGCUAGGAACUGGAAGGUGGCGUGAUGUUAAGUUGCGAGCUUUUGAGAAUGCAGACCAUAGGACUUACGUAGACUUGAAGGAUAAGUGGAAAACAUUAGUGCACACUGCAACAAUCUCCCCUCAACAAAGGAGAGGAGAGCCGGUACCUCAGGAGCUCUUGGACAGGGUUUUGGCUGCACAUGCUUACUGGUCUCAGCACCAAGCCAAGCAACAUGGCAAGCAUCAAGCUGCACCAGCAACCUUGAAGAUCAGAGAAGCCUCGGCUGAAAGACCAUGUGUGAAUUGAAGGUGUCCUAUCACUUGUGAUGGUGUAGAAAGAACUUGUGUUAUUGACACUUGACAGCAAAAAAAGGAACACAAACUUGUACAUUUUCAUUCAAUUUCAUGUAAUAUUCUUACACCAAAUUCUUUGCCGGCCAUUAAUUGCAUGCAGGUUGGCAUUUGUAAAUGAUUUGAUGCAAUAAGAUUGUUCUAACAGGAACUUAUUCUGUUCUUUGAUUAUUUUGUUUAUUCUUUUUCAUUUAUGAAUGUAUGUAGAAAUGUCAAAAGAACAUCACUGCCCCAAGGAAAAAGGAUAUUGUUCUUUUCAUUAUCUUUCUUUCUAUUUGAUGAAUUGUUUCCUGU